GGUUCUCCUUACAGUGUUUCUCGAAUGAAGUCUUGCAAAGACAGGAGAAUCAUCAAACCACUUUGCUCAUAUAGGAAGGUGCCAGCUUCAGUGUAGAAGUGCUGCAGCAUCAGGAAUGGAGAGCGGCGUGCCUACAAGGCUACUGUUCAAACAUUGCCCAGCAAGCUUUUAGGAGAUUAUGCAUUGGUCAAACACACUGACAUCGCAUCCUGCUCUUAAGGAUGUGUGUGCGCAAGUGCGUGUUGCCAGCUUUUUCCUUUUUCAACAUACAGCACUGAUGCAUCUGACUGUGCUCAUCUCCCUGUUGACUGUGACCAUCAGUCAGAGCAUCAGCUUCUCUUCAAACACGAAACAGACACCCGUGACAACGAUCGCCAUGUUAACAGAAACAAACAAUGAAGGUUGGAGCAGGCACAGCACACAGCAGCAAACGGUCACUCCUUCAGGAACAUCACAAGAGACAGCGCGGCCUCCACAAACAACCAACAGGAUACAGGAGGACCAUGACACCACGGUUAACAGGCAGACUUCCAAGGAGACGACACCUCUUCCAUCGACAAUCUUAAGAGACUCAACUGUCGUCACACCUCACCAAACAUCAACCAGCCGAGUUCACCCUCAAGAUUUUGGUAAGGAGGACCUGAGGACCAAUCCUGGCCUUGUAGCCAUCAUCACCAUCUUCUGCAUCAUCCUUGCGCUUGUGCUCAUCGUGGCCACAGUGAAAUGUAUCCGAUCACCGAGGUCCGACUUUGAGAGGCUUGAAGAUGUGCCUAUGGACAAAAUGAACGAAGGAUCUCCAUUUGCUCGCUACUCUAAAUGACAUCUAGGACUUCAGGAUUGCGGUGUCGUCAACGCCCCUGCUCCACAUACAACACUUCACUGUCAGCGAUUAAUAAUUCAGCCUAUGCUUCUCUUUUUCAAACAGGUGAUCAGUCAUUUACCGGCCCUGUAUUGUCACAAUGUCAUUGCAAGAAUAGAGCAAUUCACGCUUGUAGUCUGAAGAAUGUACUGUGGAAUGGACUGCUAUUAUCACAAAGCUUUGUGAUGGCUGGUUGAAUGAAUGGUGAAAUAAUGUCUUUCUGUUAAUACAAGAGGGAUCUGUCAAAGAA